CAACUGGCGUGAACACUAUCCAGUCUCCAUUCUUCUGCCGGACAAGAUUGAAAAGCCGUCCCUUUUACGUUUGCAUUUUGCAGUUCUCGGAUCUGAACUCUGAAGUUGUUUGCUUUUCACGAAUCCACACCAAAAUUCUAAGAUGGAUUUCAUGAAGGUUCUCGAUCAAACAGUCCGAGAAAUAAAGAGGGAGGUGAACAUUAAAGUCCUCAAGGUUCCUGAGAUGGAACAGAAGGUUCUGGAUGCAACCGACAGUGAACCCUGGGGUCCCCAUGGAACCGCUUUGGCAGAGAUAGCACAGGCCACCAAGAAAUUCACUGAGUGCCAGAUGAUUAUGAAUGUACUCUGGACAAGAUUGACUGAAACUGGUCGAAACUGGCGUCAUGUCUAUAAGGCAUUGACUGUUAUAGAAUACUUGGUGGCACAUGGAUCUGAGCGGGUACUGGAUGACAUAACAGAACAUACUUUUCAAAUCUCAUCACUCUCAGGUUUUGAAUAUGUUGAGCCUAAUGGAAAAGAUAUGGGAAUCAAUGUCAGAAAGAAGGUUGAAAACAUGUUGGCCCUUUUGAAUAACAAGGAUAAAAUACAAGAAGUUAGAGAAAAAGCUGCUGCAAAUCGUGACAAGUAUGUUGGACUUUCAUCAUCUGGGGUAACAUAUAAGUCAGGUUCAGCCUCAUAUGGUAGCUAUGGUAGCAGCAGCAUCCAGUAUAAUGACCGAUAUGGAGGUAUAGGUGGCACAAAAGACAGUGACAUGUUCAAGGGUAGUUACAAAGAUGGGGACCGUGUUGAAGAUGAAGAGUUCCACAAAGAUAGCCAUGAUACAGUUCGUAGAGGGAUUGCUAGUGAGGAUGAAGUGAACAAUGUAAAGAAUGGGUCUGCACGUUAUGGCAGCAGGAAUCGAGAUACUCUGUCAUCCAGUACUUCUAGUGCAUCAUCAAAAUUAAAUCAUUUUGAUGAUAAGUACAGUUCUCCCCCAUUCCAAAGCUCAAGUUUAACUCCAAAUAAUCUUGAUGAUGAUUUUGAAGAUGAUUUUGAUCCCCGAGGAACUUCCACCCAGACCACCUCUGGGUCAGCUACUGCAAGUGUGACGGAUUUGUUUGUUGACCUCAUGGAUGCACCAACAUCUGUUCCAACACAGACAACUUCAGAGGAUACCAAUGCUACAGCAGAGGUUGAUCUGUUUGCAGAUGCUACUUUUGUAUCGGCCUCACCUAAUGCAACCGUAGAGGUGGGAUCUCAGUCUCAGGUGAAUGUUGAUCUAUUUGCCUCCCAGCCUGCCUUUCCUUCGGCACCUGCUUCAGCAAUGGAUUUUUUUGCUGCUCCUGAUCUGGUCUUUCCAACUGAAAGCAAAUAUCCAAAUGCUGAGCCAAGUCAGCCAAUGAACUCAACUACUGUUGAUCCCUUUGCUGCAGUGCCAUUAAACAGUUUUGAUGGAUCCGACCUCUUUGGUUCAUUCACUUCUCAUACUGGUGAAGUGCCUACUGAUUCCACGCAAAACCCUACCAGUGAUGGCAGUGUUGACGAUCUGAACCCAAGGCCUUCAGCAGAAUCUAAGCAUCCACCAAAGAAGGAUACUUUCCAGGUCAAGUCUGGAAUUUGGGCAGAUUCACUGAGUCGUGGGUUGAUUGAUCUGAAUAUUUCUGCUCCCAAAAAAGUAUCUCUAGCAGAUAUUGGAAUUGUUGGCACCCUCAGUGAUGGGUCAGAGGAGAAGGAAAAGACUCCACCACCUACAGCUUACAUGGGCAGAGGCAUGGGCAUGGGAUCAGGUCUUGGUAGAUCUUCAUCUGGAAUUGGUGGAAAUGACAUGUUUUCGAUCCUCAGCCAACAACAGCAGUUUGGUAGCUUCAAAAAAUGAGCUCUCAUUCUGUCAUUACCAUUCUUUUAUUGUCUGGUAGAAGUUGUCUAAGCCAUUGUCAUGAAGUGCUUCAUAUUAUUUUUUCUAAUAUAUACAACAAUUGUGUUUGGUUUGAUAACCGUGGCUUGUCAACUGUAAGAAGGGCAGCAGCCAGCAUUGUUAUUAUAUCUUUAUUGCACCACAUCGUUUAAAGAACUUGUCUUUGAGGUCCUUAAAGAGGAUUUUUAUUUGA